AUGCACGCCUUCGGGCCGCCCCCCCCCGCCCGGGAGAUGCUGGAGGUGGCCGUGUGUCCCGGCAUCUACCCGCCGGCUCGCCCCCGGCCCCCCCACCCCGCCGCCAACCCCUACCUGUGGCUCGGCGGCCCCGCCGCCCCCUGCCCGCCCGCCGGCCCCUUCCCUCCGCCGAGCUCCGCGGGCGCGGAGAGGGGCUGGCCGCCGCUGUCCCCCCCGCAGGAGUGUCCCCGCCCGGCCCGGCCACCUUAUUCUUACUCGGCGCUGAUCGCCAUGGCCAUCCACAGCGCGCCGGGCCGGCGGCGGACCCUCAGCCAGAUCUACCAGUACGUGGCCGAAAACUUCCCUUUUUACAAGAAAAGCAAAGCGGGCUGGCAGAACUCCAUCCGCCACAACCUCUCCCUCAACGACUGCUUCAAGAAGGUGCCGCGGGACGAGGACGACCCGGGCAAAGGCAACUACUGGACCCUCGACCCCAACUGCGAGAAAAUGUUCGAUAACGGCAAUUUUAGGAGGAGGAGGAAGAGACGGGCCGAAUCCGGCGCGCCCGAGGGGGCCGGGGGGAGCGGCGGGGGCCCCGGCGUGACCGCAGCUCCCCGGGCCCACCGAGAUGCGCUAACCCACGAGAGAGGCAUAUUUUUGUAA